CGUUUCGAAGCGCUUUGCAUGAUACACAAGGAGAAAUUUGUGAGAGCGUCCUUCUUCUUGGUAAUGUGUGUGGGACUUUAAGAAAUUGUGUAUUCGGCAUUAGUUUAUUUGUUCUACGUGCGUGUGGUGCAGUGGAGCAGUAAGAAUGAAGAAAAAGUACGCGGAAGACGAUUCGGAAAAUGAGUUUUCUGUUGACGAACCUGAAGAAUUAGAAGAAUCUGAUGACGACUGGACUCCGGCAGCAAGUGAGGCAAGGGGAGGACGGAGGCAAUCGUCACGUCGUGGACGUACACCAGUCAGUGCCAAGAAACCCAGACUAGCUGAACCACGAACCAGUGAAGACGAAGACGAGGAGGAGGAAGAGGAAGAACCAGAAGAAGGAGAUGAGGAAGAUGAAGAGGAAGGAGGAGAUGAGGAGGAAGAUGAAGAGGAGGAAAGUCAACCAGAGAGUGACGAAGAAAAUGAUAAAGCUAAAAAGAAGAAAGGCCGUGGAGGAAACACCGCUGUGCGAGGUGGAAGAGGUCGUGGGAAAAAAAAUACUACCACAACCAUACCACCAUGUGCUUUUGCAAAGGACAAGGGAGCUGAAACAGAUAUUUCCUCUACAACAGGAUCAGAAAAUGCAUUACCAACACCAGUGGAGAAAGAAUUCACUUCUGGAGCUUUUGUGGUGUUGAAGGCAGACUUCCAGAACCAGAAGGAUCCUCCUAUAUGGAAGAUAGAUGGAAAAGCCUUGUUGCAGAAAUAUGUUCCAUUUGAACAAGAUGGAAAAAUAAUGUACAGGAAUACAUCCACUUAUUCUGGUUGGUCUACGGUACUUAAGGAUAGAUACUAUCCUGCCCAAAUUGCUUUUAAGAUGCAGAACAGAAAGGAAACAGUAGUUGAAUUUCUCAGAGACAAGAUUAAAGUGGAAGAUAGUGAGUGAAAAUCCAUGGCAGAAUGGACAACGUGUCUUGGUGAAUCAGUUACUUUUUUAUGUAAAGCAUGUAAUUUGUGUAGCAAAAUUUUGUUCCUUUUUACAAAUGAGUUUGAAACACAUACCAUCUGGUAAUUGUUUCAUUUGGACAACUGUUGAGGUCUGUGUCAGUGUAGGUUUUGUGACUACAGUUAUACCUUUAAAACUCUAAUCUUUUCAUUGUGACUAAGUGAUUGUUAGAAUUCAAAGUUUCAGUAGUUUUAAGACAUUUUUCUGUAAUUUUUCGCAUUUUUCCAAUGCAUGUCAUUUUAGAAACUCCAUGAAGAAAAUGUAAAUGUGACAUCAUCAUUAUAUCAGUAGCCUCUCUUUUAGUACAGUUUUACAAAAUUUUACAUUAUUUUUGGUCUCAUCAGUCAGUGGCAAUUACGUGAGAUGUAAUUGACGAUUGUAAUCAAAGGUUUAAGUUCUUUUGCUUACUAUAAUACUACUAGUUGUAGAGACUGAGGGUGUAUACAGUUGUCUGCAAUCAGUGAUCAUUUCUUUGUUCAGUUGUGCUAUUCUGUAUGAUUUAACAUGUUGAUUAUAUGCACUUAUUAUUAUUCAGACACCGAAUUUGACUGAAUUUAAAAAGAUAGUAAUUUAGGUUUGUCUUAUGUAAUUGAUUAUUAUUCCAUAGUUACAUUAUUGCCAAAUGCUAUUGUAAUAAACUUCUCUUUCUGUAAUUUUGUAUAUUAUUUGGCUCUUUUUCUUGGACAAAUUAACAUACCAUUACUGGAAUAAUGCAACAAAUCACUCCAAAUGCUUGUAUAUGAAUAUUUAAAUUCCACAUACAUAAUGAUGAUCCUGACAUACUGACUCCCAUCACUUCCCGUCCCUGUCCGCCACCUCCCCCACCCCCCACCCCUUGCACGCACAAUCGCACGUGCGUGCAGAGAGAGAAAUUGAAUAAUAAUUUUUCAGCCAAAGAUGUUUGUACGUGAUGUGGAAGAAUAUUGCAAGGACAAUAACAAAUGCAUAUUUUGUAGUAUUUUAUAGCUUAUGUAAAGUUAAAUUUCAGUUUCUGCCUGUUUGACUUGAAAUAUUUCAUUGUUUACUUGAAGAUUGUCAUAAGCUUCACCUCUUUCUUCGUAUACUCAUUGAAACAUUGUGCACUGUACCAUCACUGAUUGAGAAAAUACUGCAGUCUCUUAUUAAACAGUGUGCUCGACUUCUGUAAUUGAAUAUGUUCAAAUGUAUGAUCUGCCAUCUUUGAGAUAGCCUCAAAAAAUAUCACAACUGGCUAGUUCAGGUGAAUGUAAUUGCAAGGGAAUACUGCCAUGUUAGAAAAGAAAACGUCCUGGAAAGAUUUUUCAAAAGAACAUCCUUGAAAAUUCUUACUCUGUGAAUUGUAACAACUGCGUGGAAUUAAAUUUGAUUGGAACAAUG